GGAGACUUUAUGAAUUUCCUCAAAGCUUGCUACUCUCGCCUUUGAGUUUUCCCUCCCUGCUGCGACGGGCGCAUUUGGGAGGAGCUCACUCUCUCUCCCUGAGUUCCUCGAAAGCCUCUCCUCCUGCAUCAUUCUUUACGGUCUGUUCUUCACGAGAGAUAGAGAGAGAAUGGAGGAGACGAUGGAGAGGAGCCCCAAGGGGAGGGCGACCCCUAAGUUCAGCGUGUAUGAGAACCCGGUGCUAUCGGCAGCCCUGACGGCGAGGAGCGUCCGCCCUUCCACUACAACCCUUCUCCUUUUCCUCUUCGCCCUCCUAGCCGCCGCUUCCGCCAUCAUCUCCCUCGCUUCCAGGGAAGAGAUGUUUGUGGAGUACUUGAAGUCCAUUCAUGUAUCACAGAGUACAGCUGGAUUUUUUACUAAGGUAACGAAAAUAGUUCUGUUGUUCAUUUUGCUGGGAGCUGUAUCCGCUUUUAUUCAAGCAUUUUCUUUACAAAGAUCAAGGAACGUUGGUUUGUCAUCACCAUUGCAUUCUUCUCAAGUCACAAAAGGGCAUGGCGAGCUAACCAAGCAUCAGCAAGAGCUUCUUGGAUUAAAGACAAAGUCAGCUACAAAAGUGGACUCUGACUUUCUGGAUCACAUUAGUGCACAUCAGAAAUCGAAGGCAACACAGCCUCCGACAACAUCACCAGCUAAUGUACUUGUUCCUGUUCAUACUCCAGUCACAAACCUAACAUAUUCAUCAAGAGUUGUGACUGGCAAACGUAGUGAUGGAAAGACAGUUUCUCACACUCCUAGUGGAAGGUUGCCUUCUGCUUCUCUUUCUCCAAAUCUUGUUACUGCAUCUAGAUCUCAAGGAUCGAGCCAUGGCACACGCUCUCUGGAUAGGCCGUAUACGACUCCUAGGUUAAAGCAAAGGUCAGCUUUCUCUAAAGAAAUCUCAAGUGAAGAGAUGCUUGAAAACUUUUUAGCAGAUUUAGAUGAGAAAUUUUUGGAAUCUGCUACAAAAUCUACCACACCGAGCCAAAGUCUUAUGACUCCUCCUCCCACUCUUCAUGGUGUGGGGGUGGCUGGUCAUAGCCCUAUCACUAGUUCAGUUUCUGGGACUACGAGGAGCACACCAUUGAGGCCUGUGAGGGCAUCUCCAAGUUCACAGAAGUACAGCACAACACCAAAAAAAGGUGAGGGUGAUCUUCCUCCUCCGAUGACACUGGAACAGUCUAUUGAAGCCUUCGGUCACCUGGGUGUUUAUCCUCAUAUUGAGCAGUGGAGGGACCGUCUCAGGCAAUGGUUUUCUGCUGUUUUAUUGAAACCACUUCUGGAAAAAAUCGAAGCAAGUCAUGUUCAGGUCAUGCAGACAGCUGCUAAAGUUGGCAUUUCUAUCUCCAUAAAUCAAGUUGGAAGUGCUUUACCAUAUGAAGCAGCUUCCAGUAAUGCACCUCCUGUUGACGGGGCAAACGAAUGGCAGUCCACUUAUAUGCUUGAUGAAGAUGGGAUUCUUCACCAGCUACGCGCAACUCUUCUGCAAGCGCGUGAUGGCUCUGCCUCUCAUUUUUCUAUCAUUGGUUUACAACAUCCACAACAGAGCCCUUUCCUACCUGUUAUCCAAGAAUGUGUAGAUGCAAUCACUGAACACCAGAGGCUUCAUGCACUAUUGAAGGGAGAGUUAGUGAAGGGUUUGCUACCUCAAAGUAGUGUUCGAGCUGACUACACAGUACAAAGGAUUAGAGAACUAGCUGAAGGCACUUGUUUGAAAAAUUAUGAAUAUCUUGGCAGUGGAGAAGUUUAUGACAAGGUGAAUAAGAAAUGGACUCUCGAGCUUCCUAUAGAUUCUCACCUUCUUUUGUAUUUGUUCUGUGCAUUUAUGGAACACCCUAAGUGGAUGUUGCAUGUAGAUCCGACCUCUUAUGCUAGCAUCCAAUCUAGCAAGAAUCCCUUGUACUUAGGGGUCUUACCGCCAAAAGAAAGAUUGCCAGAAAAAUAUGUGGCUGUUUUGUCUUCUGUCCCUUCUGUUAUCCAUCCAGGUGCAUGCAUUUUGGUGGUUGGAAAGCAGAGUCCCCCAGUCUUUGCCUUGUAUUGGGACAAGAAACUACAGUUCUCCAUACAGGGUCGCACUGCACUUUGGGAUGCUAUCUUACUUCUCUGUCAUAGGAUCAAGGUUGGGUAUGGAAGUGUAGUGCGAGGGGUGCAUCUUGGUUCAUCAGCACUAAACAUCCUUCCCAUAUUGGAUUUGGAGGCUGAUGACUAGGUUGCCUAUUUGGCAUCUUUAUUUCUCUCCCUGUCUUCUUUACACUUAGCUCUUGUUUUGGCAAGCUAGAAGGAUUCCUGCAGUCAUGGUUCUUGGAUGGAAUCUUCACAACAUGCACAUCUUCAGGUAUGAUGAUGGACAGUUUUCUGAGGCAAUGGAGGCCAAGGAAGGUGAUAGAAAGGCAUCACAUGAUUGUAAUGUAUUUUUGUGUUCACAAAUUGUUGUGUUGUACAUGGUCGGUUACUGUUUAAUUGUGAAUUUUUUUUGAGGCUUUGUGUGAAUUCAGCUUCCAGCAUGUUUUCAGGUUCGGAACUGCUGAAAAUUGCUUGGAAAAAGUAAUAGGUAUUUAGCCUUUCUUUCUCU